CCCCUGUCUCGUCCCCCACAUUCCUGUUGAUUUUUGCCUUUUUGCAGAAUUAGUGAUAUGGUAGCUUGUCGUAAUGUUUCAGGCAGUGAGCCAGCUGACUGGGAGUAGCUAUAUACACAGAGCUUAAAACUAGAGUUAUGAAUAUGUUAUGAAUAGUUUUGAAAAUGUCUUACACUGCCCAGGUCUGAGUCAUGAUGCUGAUAUUUCUCUUUUUCUGUCUCUGGAGGUAGUGAAUCACUUAAAGGGAAAAACUCAGAUUUAAAGGUCUUUCCUUGUCAAACAAGCAGCCUUUAGACACAGAUACUGUGUGUAUAUAAAUGGAGCAGCCAGCCACAGUCAAACACCUCCAGGUUCAAGAUGAGCAGAUUAAUCAGCCUGCAGAUGAUCUCUCUGCUGAUCUUCACCGACCACCUCCUCUCAGCUGCUGCUGGCAGCUCCUCCGGCUGUGUCAGUGGGCAACUGGUUAACAUCAGUCUGAACCGGUUCCAGAGGAGCUACUCAGAUAAACAGAGGUUCUUUAAGGUCCCGCAAGACACAAGGACGAACAGAGAGCUGAACAACCGUUCCCUGUCUCCAUGGAACUACACCUUCGACAGAGAAGUCGACAGGUCUCCUUAUGAGAUCCCCUUCGCCAAGUGUCUUCAUCUCGGCUGCAUCAUCAACCAGCGUGAAGUCAUGGACUACAACUCGGUGCCUGUGUUUGCUUCGCUGAUGGUCAUGAGGAAGACUCCGUGCAAACGAGACCCAAAGAAAUACAAGGCCAAGAAGGAUGUUAUCAACGUCCCCGUGGCCUGCACUUGUGUUGUGCCCAAGUACGCUUAGGGAUCAAAGAAACUAUCGUAAUCACAUCGGUGCUGAUUCUUUAUCAAUCCAUCUUGUAGCUUAGGGUUCAAUUAAUCUAUAAAGAUGUCAUUAGUUAGAGUUAUUUAUUCCAGUUUUAUGCUUGUGGGAGAGGAACGUCUGCGAUGUCCCAUCCCUGUUAGAGCAGCAUGUUGCUGUUGAAGCUGCUUCAGGUGGAGCUACUUUUAACUGUACAGUUACUUUAGUCCAGUGGUUCCCAACCUAGGGGUCGGGCCCUCCAAAGGGUCACCAGAUAAAUCUGAGGGGUUCUGAGAUGAUACACAUGCUGCAUCUUUUGCACGCUCAAAUCCAUUGUUGUCAAUGUGGACGCAUGACAGGCGCACUUAAAGCAGCAGCGGGUAGAAACGGAGCAAAUAUGAUUAAAAAAAAAAGUUAUUUUUAUAAAAUGGUCACUAUAUCGUGACAA